AUGCCUCCUAGAAGAAGAGCUGCCGCGAACCCGCCAGCUAAUCCACCUCUGGACGGCUGCGCGAUCGCAGUCAGCGGCAAAUUUGACGACAUUGGCCACAGUCAUUCCUCUCUCGAGGCUCUCAUUCGCAAGCAUGGUGGAUCAUUCACCAGAAGCGUUACCAAGGCUACCACUCAUGUUGUUUCUACUCAAGAUGACUUUAACUCCCAAAGCAACAAAGUCACAGCGGCCAAAGACAAGGGCCUUCCUGUCGUGAACCCUUUGUGGCUCACUGAUAUCGAAACCAAGGGUGACAAGCUGAGUGCUGACGACUAUACCUGGGACUCUGCUUCCAAGACCAAUGGCAUCGCUAAAGCUGCCACCAAUGGCAAGUCAAAGAAGCGAUCCCCUCCUGCCGCUGAUGAUGAGGACGAAGAGGAGGAAAGCCAACCCAAGUCCAAGCGCGCAAGGAGCACCAGCGUUGCGCCAAAAGCCAAGGCUAAGCCCACGGCGGUCAAGAGGAGCACUAAAGAUAAGCCCGCCGUUGAGGAUGAGGACGAGGCCCCCAAGACCAAGGCCAAGCCUAAGGCUGCUGCAAAGAAGGGUGCUAAGGGCAAAGCUGCUGUCAAGGAUGAGCCCGAGGAGAACUUGGAGGAUGAAAAGGUCGUUGCCGAGGGCCAAUUCAUCAAGAAGAAGGAUGUCGCAAUUCCUCUCGAUGAGCACUGCACUCUCCCCACCUACCAAGUUUAUGUUGAUCCCGACUCUGGUCUCAUUUAUGACGCUUCACUGAACCAGACCAAUUCCUCGGCAAAUAAUAACAAGUUCUACCGCAUUCAGGUGUUGAAGAAUCCCAAGUCCACUGACUUCAAGACUUGGACGCGAUGGGGUCGUGUUGGAGAGAUGGGACAGAAGGCCAUCCUUGGAAACGGAACCGUCGACGACGCUAUCAAGCAGUUCCAGAAGAAGUUCAAGGACAAGUCAGGCCUCGCUUGGGACAACCGUACCGACAAUCCCAAGCCUGGCAAGUAUGCGUUCGUCGAGCGUAGCUACAAUCCUGAUUCUGAUGAUGACGACGACGAGGACGACAAGAAGGCUGUCAAGAAGGAGGCGGAUGAUGAGGAAGACAACGCAUCUCCUCCUGAGUGUACACUCGAGAAGCCUGUUAAGGAACUGAUGGAGCUCAUUUUCAACCAGCAGUAUUUCCAACAAGCCAUGACAUCUCUUAACUACGACGCUAAUAAGCUGCCACUGGGCAAGCUGAGUAAGACAACUAUUACUCGCGGUUUCCAGCAGCUCAAGGACCUCGCUGCCUUGAUUGACGACCCAACCCUUGCCGCAUCAAAAUGGAGCAUGUCCAUGGCUGCUGCUACUGAGCACCUUUCCAACACCUACUAUUCACUCAUUCCCCAUGCCUUUGGUCGAAACCGUCCACCUAUCAUCCGUGACAAUACCCUACUCAAGCGAGAAAUAGAACUUCUCGAGAGUUUGUCAGACAUGAAGGACGCUGCGGAGAUCAUGAAGAUUGACCGCAAGACGAGAGAUACUAUCCACCCUCUCGAUCGCCAGUUCCAGGGUCUCGGCCUUGAGGAGAUGACUCCUCUUGACCACAAGAGCAGCGAGUUCAGCCAUCUCAAGAACUACCUCAACGAGUCUCGCGGUUCUACGCAUAACAUGAGCUACACAGUCAAGGAUAUCUUCCGCAUCGAGCGACAAGGCGAGUUCAAGCGUUUCGAUGACUCCGAGUACUCCAAGAUUUCUUCCGAUCGUCGUCUUCUCUGGCACGGCUCACGAGCGACAAACUAUGGUGGUAUCCUUAGUCAGGGUCUCCGUAUUGCCCCUCCCGAGGCUCCUGUGUCAGGUUACAUGUUCGGAAAGGGUAUUUAUCUCGCCGAUAUGUCCUCCAAGUCGGCCGGAUACUGCUGCUCUUAUAACACUGGUGGCGAGGCUUUGCUUCUGCUUUGUGAAGCUGAGCUGGGUGAUCCUAUCCAGAAGCUCGUUGAUUCUAGCUAUAAUGCUGGCACUGACGCAAAGAAGAAAGGCAUGCACAGUACCUGGGGCCAAGGUAGAACCGGCCCCAGCAAGUGGAUCGAUGCCGGUGUUGUUCAUGAAAGCCUCAAGGGCAUCAAGAUGCCCGAUCCCAAUGUCAAGCCUGGUGAUACCAACGUUUCCGGUGCCGGCCUGUACUACAACGAGUACAUCUGUUAUGAUGUUGCCCAAGUCAAGCUGCGUUACCUCCUCCGAGUCAAGAUCUAG